CCGCGGCGCACCACGACGCGGCGGACAUCGUGACACGUGAAGAACGCUCACGCUCACGUAACCAAAUACACCAACGCGAAAAGCACGGAUCAAACACAACACAGAGCAAAUUCCUCGUCGCAUUGCGUCAGGACGGGAUAGGAUGUGGUGGUGGCCGGCGUUCCUGUACCCGCCGCCGGCGCCGGCGUUCGUGGCGGCGGCGUCGGUGGCGCAGUUCGCGUUGCUGGCGAACGCCGGGCUCGGGGAGCUCCGCGGCGAGCACAUGGCCUACUCCAAGUUCUGGCAGGUCGUCGCCGGGAAGAAGAAGAACGGCGGCGGCGGCGGCGGCGGCGCGCUGCUGCCCAGCCGGCAGGGGAUGCUGGUGGCGUACGUGCCGGCGUUCGUCGCCGCGGCGGCGUCGUUCGCCGUGCCCGGCGCCGUGGUGGGCGUGCGCGCCCAGGUCCUCAGCGCCGCGCUCACCGUCCACUUUCUCAAACGAAUUCUCGAGGUACUGUUCAUCCAUCAGUACAGUGGAAGCAUGCCACUCAACACGGCGGCCACCAUCUCCUCCAGCUACCUCGUCAUCACCGCCACCAUGAUCUACGCGCAGCACCUCGCCGCCGGCCUCCCGGACCCGCCGGUCGACCUCCUCUACCCCGGCGUGGCCGCCUUCGCCGUCGGCAUCGCCGGCAACUUCUACCACCACUACCUCCUCUCGCAGCUGAGGAACGCAGCCGGCGGCAGCGGCGGCGGCGAGAGGCAGUACAGGAUCCCCACCGGCGGCCUCUUCGGGCUCGCCGCCUGCCCGCACUACCUGUUCGAGAUCGUCGGCUUCUUCGGCUUCGCCAUGAUCGCGCAGACGGCGCACGCGCUCGCCGUGGCCUCCGGCACGGUGGCGUACCUCGCCGGGAGGAGCUGCGCCACCAGGAGGUGGUACGAGUCCAAGUUCGAGGAUUUCCCUGAUAGCAUCAAGGCGUUGGUUCCAUAUAUUCUGUAAAUCUUUUUCAUUUUGAUGAAAAUUUAUGUAAAAUGAAUAAAUACUGUACAAGAAAUAUCUUAGGCUUUUCGUCGCUUCGUUUUGAAUUUAGACUAGCUGUGACUUGUGACUAUGCAUGCAAUGAAACAAAUAAUUAUACGUGAGGACAAAUAAUUAUACGUGAGGAAAUAAUAAAUCCCAACAAAAAUGUGGUGAAA